AUGGAAAAAGAGGAAGUUCCGAUAGGUAAAUCCCGAAGUCCUGAUAGUGAUGGGCCAUUUCUGUCGAGAAUGAAAGAUCGAUUACUGGCCGGUCUCGGUAGACGUGGAGAGUAUAUCAAAAUGACACAAGAAGAGAUUGAACGAGUUUGCGGAAUAAUAAAGCCAAUAUUUCAGUCUGAACCAGUUCUACUAGAACUACAAUCACCAAUCCAUAUUGUUGGCGACAUUCAUGGCCAAUUUCAUGAUCUACUGCGUAUUUUUGAUGUAAUUAAAGAAACCAACUUCGCUUUUCUUUUUCUCGGUGACUAUGUGGAUCGUGGUCCUCAGUCGAUUGAAGUUAUAACAUUACUCUUUGUUCUCAAGGCCCUAAAUCCGGAACAAUAUCAUUUGCUUCGUGGAAAUCAUGAAGAAGAAUUGCUCUGCUCUAGAUUUGGUUUUCGAGCUGAAGUGCUAAAAAGAUACAAUGCAGAAUUAUUUGCGACUUUUGUGGACGUAUUCAAUUAUCUACCCAUAGCUGCAACUAUAGAUAAAAAAGACUUCUGCGUACAUGGUGGGCUAUGCCGGGAACUAUUUGCUCAUGGAAUAACUCAUAUUCGACAAUUUUUUGAACCCAUCCAAAGACCAAUAGAUGUUAAUGAAUCUUCAUUUGUACAUGGUCUGCUUUGGUCAGACCCAAAACCAGACAAACAUGGCAUACGUUCAGUUGGUUUCAGUCCUAACCGACAAAGAGGAGGUGACGUCGAGAAUUUCGGGCACUCAGUCACAGACAGAUUUCUAGCAAGGUUUGAUUUUGAAAAAGUUAUGCGUGCACAUGAGUACUGUCCGAAGGGCAAGAAAGAAGACCACGAUGGAAAGGUUAUAACCUUCUUUGCAGCUCCUAACUAUUGUGGUUUAUAUAACUAUGGAGGAUUUGCACUAAGAGGCACCGAUUUUGAUGGCAAUCGUUUUUGUGAUUACGUCGCUAUUUUCCCUUUUAAGAUUUAA